ACAAAAAGAGUGAAAAUGUUAGAUAAAGGGAUAGAAUAUAAGACAAUUGACGAGGACCAUGUUUUGUCCAAGACGGCAGUUAAACUGUUCGCUAUCGACAAACCCUCCAAACAGAUGGUGGCUAAAAUUCAACAGAAGCAUAAACAAAAGUGCUAUAAAUAUCUCAAGAAGAAAAGAUCUCGAAAAGCAUUACUCAUAGAAAACACAACAGAGUUACCGCAGCGUGAGGAUGGGGACGGCACCGAACACCCGGAACUGCACGGCAUUCCAUCAGACCAUACAUCCCUGCUUUUGCACGAUUCACUGCCCCCACCACCCGCCUACCCAGGACACUCCAAACUGCCACAGUAUAACAUAGAAGAAGAGACAUCGGAAAUUGACGAGGAUGACGAUGAUGUUAACUAUCUGGAGAUCGACGGUCUGUCGUCAACGUCGUCGGAGAGCGAGGAGGAAUAUAUCGACUACGAGGCGAAAAAGGACAAGAAAAUCAAAUUCAGUAGAGCUCCGAUCAGGGUAUUCAUGACGUACUCAACAGAUGAUUAUGACAGAAGAAACGAGGAUGUUGAUCCGGUUGCUGCCUCAGCCGAAUACGAGCUGGAGAAACGAGUCGAGAGAAUGGACGUCUUCCCUGUUGAUCUUAUAAAAGGGCCAGAAGGCCUCGGUCUCAGCAUUAUUGGAAUGGGAGUUGGUGCUGAUGCGGGAUUAGAAAAGCUUGGUAUUUUCAUUAAAACAUUGACAGCUGGAGGUGCUGCACAAAGAAGUGAAAAAAUGCAGGUGAAUGACCAGAUUAUAGAAGUAGAUGGUAAGAGCCUUGUUGGGGUAACGCAAGCAUAUGCUGCCUCAGUCCUGCGCAACACCAGUGGGGAAGUCAAAUUUUUGAUCGGACGAGAAAAGGAUCCGAGUAAAAGCGAAGUUGCACGUCUGAUACAACAAUCUUUGGAGAUUGACAGACGAAGGGAAGAGCUACGCAAACAGGAACAAGAUAGAUUAAAGGUAGCGCAACCUUACCAACUUAAUGAUAAGGAUCUUCAAGAUCAGUUCAAGCCUAGAGAUGAGGUAUUAGAACAUGAACAUAUACGUCAUCUAUCUGAGGCGUCCAGUAGAGAUAGCAGGGCCGAGGACCAUGUGGAUCUCGAUGAGUCAAGUGUCGAAGAUGAUGUGGAGGAACAUGAAGCUGAAAUUUCUGAAGAGCUUUUGGCAGGGGAGGCAACUCCAUUGUCAAUGCCAUCUGCUGCAGAUUCAGACACUACAGACAGUUCACCGGAUGAAGGAGAAAGUAAACCAGUCGUAGAGGUGUUUGAUUUACAGGAGUCCAGUCCUGAUGACAUCUCCCCUGACAUGGAAUCGCAGGCAUUGUUUGUUAAGUUGAAAGAGGCUCAGUGUAAGAAUGCUGUAUUAGAAGCUGAGAUAACUAAGCUUAAAGCUAAGCUUGUUGUGUUAGAGAAUAAUGAAGCUCAGAAGAAACAGUAUGAGAAGAAGAAUGAAGAGAUGGCGUCUCGACUGAGAGAGAUGGAAAAAUCUCUAACUAAUGCUAGAAAAGAGAUUAAUCAUUAUCAGGACAUGAUGGAGGGAUCACAAGGCCAGUAUAUUGCUUUAGAGAAGAAGUUGAAAGCUGAAUAUGUCGCAUUGGAGAAAAAGUAUCAUAAGGCCAAAAAACUGAUAAAAGAAUAUCAGCAAAGGGAGAAGGAUUUUAUAGCUGAGAGAGAAUCUUUACUACAACAACAAUCAGAGAAAGAUCAGCAGUAUGAUGCCUUAGUCAAGUCAUUAAAAGACAGGAUUUUCCACUUAGAGGGGGAGUUAGGGGAGGCACAGAAAGCAGCUGGGCUACCAGUGCAGUUACCACCUAAGGAGCAAACACAUUCAAUAGAGGCCACAGUUGUGCCAAGUGUUAGUUUAGCAGUCAAGUCAGCCCCUAAAACCCAUGAUUCGGGUAGUCCUGUAAUGAGUCCGCUGGCAGAUCGGGACUCUAUCUCGUCAGAAAGUGAUAUAUCCUCUGCUGACCCUAAUUCUUCUACUAGUCCAGCAAUUGAUGCUAAAAUGAAGCCUGAAAGUGCACUUAUAUUUGAAUCAGUACCAACUCCGAAACUUCUGGAUACCUCAGUGAACAAAGCUAAAGCCCAGCUAGCUGCCAAUUCUCAACGACGACCUCCAACAAAACAGAGGUCAAAGUCACAGGACAGUGAGGAGAUGAUUGAAGCUAUUUCAGAUAGCAAGCCGGAAAGCGGCCUAGAAACCUGGAUAAAACAUGACAGGACAGCAGAAUUUGUUUUGAGUUUAGAUGUUGACAACACAGUAAAAAAGAGUGAUGUUAGAAAAAGAAAAGCACAGCAAAAUGAAUCCCAUACCCCACCCCCAGUUUCGGAAAGCCCUCCUAUAAUAGCAGAAGCCCAGCCUAAAAUGUCUGAGGCUCCGCCUUCUAAAGAAUCAUUCCCUGCCCCUCCUCCACCUCCUGCCGGCCCACCUGAGCUGCCUGACCAAUCAGAGGACUCGGAAACUCAAAGAGAAAGAAGUAACAGUGAAUCUGGCGAGUCUUCUUCUACCUUGUCUCAAACUUCCUACGACCCGUCACGGCCUACGUUUCGUAACAAAGAUUCCGAGAUUCCCGGGCUUGAUGCGGUUUCCACGGACACGACUGGAACAAACGAUACUGCAGAAACUUCUGAAUCCUCAUCAUCGGCAAAUAAACGAUCGAAAGGGCUUUUACCCAAACUGCCUUUCAAAUUUGGUGGGAGUGACAGAGAUAAGGGGGGCGGAGUUAUGCUUGUUUCACAACGCUCUAUUGGUGCAGAUGACCCUGUCUCCUCAGGUGAAGGGGGAAUAACUCUUAUUUCUAAAAAGAAAAUAGACACUGGACUAGAUUUUGAUGAUAAAAAGGUUAAAAAAGAGAAAGCUGCAGUAAAAGGUGCUAGUACAAUUAGUGAUUCAUCAUCGGGGUAUAUGGUUGGAGAGAUGGAGCAAACGUCAUACAGUUUCUCAGGAACACCUGCUAAUGAGGAUCAUCCCUCACAGCCAGGUCAUCAUACAUUAAACCAGUUUAGUUCCGGUCAAAUAACAGAGUGGAACAAUGAGAAUGUACGUCACUGGUUGAUUGGUAUAGAGAUGGAAAGAUACGCUCCAUUAUUCACAGAAAAGUCUGUAACCGGACCUCAACUCGUUGCCAUGGAUUCUAACAAAUUAAAGGCUUUAGGUGUGACUGUUGCUAAAGAUAGAGAAUAUUUGAAGAAGAAAGUGAAAGAGCUGAAGCUUGUACUAGAAAAGGAACGUAAACAAAUGGAGAGAGAAAGAAAACAAAUGGAAAAAGAACAAAAACAGAGAGAAAAAGAACAAAAGAAAUUAUCUAAGAAGAAGUGAACAAGCAUGGACCGUCGAUUUCGUUCAUAAAACAGAUUGAUAUUUUGACAUAACACAAUCAUGUGAUACAUACAGAAGAGGACAUUGUAAUCAUUCAUUUAUAUAUAUAUAUAUACAUGUAUAUAUGCAUACAUUUAGUAGGUACAUGAUUUAUAAGGUGAUAUUUUCUAGGUAGUAAAAAUGCACAAAAUUGGAAAAAAACUGUACGAUAUACAGUUUAGACAUUGUCAUUUUGUAAAAAAAAAAGUAGUGCUGGCACAAAUAGUUAAUGGACAUGUGACCAUGUCAUGUGACCUUUUUGGGUUAUUUUUAGUAAAUUUCAUAACACUGCAAUUCAGGUGCCUGUUCGUAAGGAAGCAAUCUUUUACUGGUUACAUUUAUUUUUGUGUGUGUUUUUUUUCCGCAGGUGCUAUUUCAUGCACCUAUUCAACACACUAUUUGAUAUGACAUUUAUGCACGAUUAAUUAAAUGAUUAUCGUUGUGGAUUAGUUUUAGCUUGACUAUUUGAAGAAAAGGGAGAGCUAUUGUACUGGCCCUGUUGUCGACAUCACUGUUUAACUUUGGUUCAGUUUUUACGUGCAAGUUAGUAUCUCCAAAACUACUGAUGGAUAUAGGUCGAAACUUUACACGCCUGUUCUCUGUGAUUAUCUUACAUGAUAGGCAUAGCUUCCAUAACUCUGACGUGCCUUUUUACAGAGUUAUGUCCCAUUUCUUAUAGUUAACCACUGAGAAUAGUCGAGCAAGCUGUUUCCACGGGCAGCUCUUGUUUAUUUCAUAAAAUCCUCGUCGUACUAUACAUGUAUAUACAAAUAAUAUCAGGUGCUCUUUACCUGAUUACAAAUAUGUUGUGUCACCUUAGUGCAGUAAUGGGUUAAGUCCUUCUAAAUUUAAAUAGGAGUUAACCAGUUAUUGCACUAAGGUGAUGCAUUUAGUGAAUAUUUGUGAAAACUAGACUAUUUUAUAUAUAUGUGUGUGCACUUUAAUAUACUGUUGAUUUAUUUUUUACAGGUGCUAUUUAUAUAUUCACCUGAUAAAAAAAGCAGUAUAAGUGCUCCAGAGUUAUCUUUUCCUUCAUUUAUUAAAGUUGGUGCACAGAUAUUGGACCAAGUUUUUAUUAUUUUAUAGUGCUGUUGUCAAAUUAAAAUUUUUUUUAUAAAAAAACACUAAUGAAAAAUAUAAUUUUUGCAGUGUUUAUUUAAAAUAAGGACAGAAUAUUAUGUGUUAAAAAUAAUAAAUUUAUUCAUUAUUGCAUACUCAAAAGCAUUAAAAUCAAAAACAGAUAUAUUUCUGUUAAAUUCACAUUUUUAUUUUUUAUAAAAAAAAAAAAAUAAAAACAACCCAACUCAUUGUUCAAUGAAUAUAGACUUUCCACAUUGACAUGUAACAGUGCGUAUGAUAUUUUCAAGAACAAAAAAUAUUCGCUGGAAAAAAAAAUCUAAUUUAAAAGUAUGUGUAAAUAUAAGGCUUAAGAUGUUAAUAUUUUUCGAGUAUGAAAAAAAAAUAUAUUGACAUACUUAACGAAUUUACAAAUGCUGAAAGCUUAAUAAUUUUUAGAGAUAAAUAGAAUUGUGGCAUAACCUUGUCACUUUUCAACUGAACAACAAAUAUUUCUCUAAAUGGUUUGUCAUUCUUGGACACUACUUGUUUUCAAUGAAAUUAUUUUUGAAGCAUUAUUAGGUCACAUCACGUAAAAGUGAAGUUAUGUACACCCACCUGCCGAAUGGCAAUUUAGUGGUUUGAUACCACAAUUUUAAAAUUUGAAUUUAUUUUGAACUGCAGAUGUAUAAAUUAAAAAGAAAGUAUUGCUAAUUGUUAUGCCCUUGUGCCAAUGAAAUUUCAAUUU